AUGAUUUCUAUAGUUACUUAAUAUAUAGCCCUGCAUUAUACAAAAUUAUUCAUCAAUGAGUUUUGCAAUAAUCUAUUUUAAGAUAAAAUAUAUUUUAGCUCUAUGUCUACUAAUGUUGUCUCUCUUAGAUUAAGUAGAGAAGUAUACAAUUUCCCUGUAAAUCUUUAAUUGAUAAAUUCAUUUCAUCAAAAGAUUAUUGAGGGUAAAGUCAUGAUAAAUAAAAAGCAUUAAUAAGCUCUUAGUAAUAUUAUGCGUACAUUUUAUCGACAAGAAGAUCCAACUAUUGUUUAAAUGAUAUAAAAAAAUCCAUACUUAGUAAAUAGUUGGUUUCAACAGAAUGCAACAGAAAUAAGCUAAUUAGAACUAUUAGCUUAGGAAAUAUUAAAAAAUUCUAGUUAUUUAAGCCCAUUACUCAACUCUAUAGGAUAUUAUAACCAAAUAAAUCAAACUAUUGCUAAUUAUUAAAGAAUUCCAUUUAAAUAGAUAUUAUAAUCAUCAUCUUAAGAUGGAAUACUCUUCUCUAACUUUUUCAAUUCAUCUCUUUCAUCUGUUGAUGAUUAAAAUUGUCAUUUUGGUAGAUUUAUAUAUGAUCCAAGGUGUAGAUUUUGGUAUAUGACUGAUGUAAACUAGACUUCUUUUUUUAUGAAUCCACCAUAAAUUUCUUAGGGAAUGACAACACCUUAUUUGUCACAGCAUGGAUGUCAGAAAAUGUUAUUUUAUAAUACGACAACAAAUACUAUUGAAAUAUAUAAAGUAUAAUGCAUUGAAGCUAUGCUUAGCAAUUUAUACAGCUAUUUUGAAAAUGUUAUUCAAUCUUCGAAACAGUACUAUAUAAUAGAUCCAAGGACUUUAUAAAUCUUAUAUAAUUCUAGAAAAUAAUAUAACCAUUCCACUUUAAAUUGGACAGAUAAUUUUUACAAUAUUGAAAUUUAAUAUUCGUAAGACAAAGUUUCAUCCUAAAAUCUACUUGAUGUGAUAAACUCACACUUUAGUAAAUGGACUUUUUUGAUAUAAAAUAACUAUACAAGCAUUCUGCAAAUGAUAGAUUUAAGUAAAAAUAAUAUCAUUUUAGACUAUAACAGAAACUCAUCGAUAUACAAAGUAAUUAUUAACCCAGUUAUUGGCUAUGAUGAUAUUCCAAAGCAUAUCAGCAAAUAUACAAAUAGUCAAGGUUAGUAGUUGUAAUAUGUCUAUCUACAAAUUAAUUUGAUAUCUGAUGAAGAAUUAAAGGCUUAAACUAACUAAUUAAUUGAAUUUUCUUCUAAAUUAUUUUUGAUAAUUCAAAUACUUCUUGAUAACAAAUUUAAUAACUUAACCUCUCAUUUGUUUAACUUAAGAUUUAAAUCGCAUUAGUUAGUUAAAUAAAAUUGUUGA